AUGGCACAAUUUGACAGAACUUACCUACCUGUGUUGAAUCGGCUACUUGAGGGUCAAAGCAAGAAACAGGAGAGACAGCUGGUGCAAGAAUUUCAUGACAUAGUUGGCACUAUAGUGGCACUCGAGGCCCCACUUUCAGCUGAAACGUUAUCUAAACUAAUUGGAUAUUCGGAGAAGCAAGUACACCAAAGACUUAGCUCCCUACAUUCUGUUCUAAAUUUACCUACCGAUAACAAUCAACCUGUGCGACUAUUUCAUCUCUCAUUUCGGGACUUUCUUCUCGACUCAGAGACAAGGGAUAAAACACCACUGUGGGUUGAUGAGGCGAGGGUACACCGGAGUCUCACUACACGAUGCCUUGAAAUCUGUGGUGGUCUCCAGAAGAACGUUUGUGGCUUGGAAUGGGACACAAGGCGUGCAGAACUGGACACAGGAAUUAUCAGUUCUUGCUUGUCAUCAGAGAUGCAAUAUGCCUGUUGCUAUUGGGCCUAUCAUCUGAGUCAAAGCCAGAAUUCUCUCGUUGAGAUCGGGAAGUCCUCCCCGUCUACAUUGCGAUUUCUGCAGCAACAUUGUCUUCACUGGAUGGAGGCAAUGGGAAUCUUGGGUCGUAUAUCCCAAGUCAUCGGGAUUAUAGAUCUACUGCAAGCUUCACUGACUGAGAACGACGGUGUCGAAUUGGCGGGCUUUUUGCAAGAUGCCAGAUUAUUUGUUUUGAAAUUUGGAUCAUUAAUUGACGAAGUACCCCUUCAGAUAUACUCCUCUGGGCUCAUUCUUUCGCCCAAAGAGUCAAUCCUACGAAAGACUUUCGAAAAUGAAAAACCUGUUUGGAUAAAGAGCUCCCCCCAAUGUCAACAAAGCAUGGGAUGCAGAAAUUCUGUCUCUCGAAGGGCAUUCCGGCUCGCGUUUGGACCUGACGGGUGUCUUGCAUCUGCGUCGAGUGAUGAGGUCGUUAGGCUCUGGGACUCAGGCACAGGGUCUCUUCUGCAAAGCCUAGAAGGACAUAACGACAGGGUUCAUUCUGUCGCUUUCUCGGUAGAUGGAAAUCUCGCGACUGGAUCUGCGGACGGCACCCUGAAAGUCUGGGACCGGUCAUCAGGCCACUUGCUGCAGACCCUCAAAGGUCAUUCAGAUUGGGUGAACUCUGUGGCAUUUUCUUUUGAUGGCCUUUUACUGGCGUCGGGCUCUGAUGAUGAAUACGUGAAGCUUUGGGAUACCUCUACAGGGCAAUUAAGACAAACCAUCGAAGGGCAUUGUGGACGAGUUCAGACAGUAGCGUUCUCUCAACAUGGCCUGCUUGCAUCGGGCUCCAGUGACGAGAAAAUAAUGCUCUGGGACUCUCAUACCGGUGCAUUGAAGCAUACUCUGAAGGGCCAUUCUGACUGGGUUAGAUCCGUCACUUUUUCGUCAGAUGGUCGGCUACUGGCAUCGGGCUCAUACGACAAGACUGUCAGGAUCUGGAGCUCUUCUACUGGUGUCUUGCUGCGGACUCUUCAGGGUCACUCGGGCUGGGUCAACUCUGUAGCGUUUUCAUCUGACGACCAAAGGCUGGCCUCCGCUUCUAAAGAUCAGACAGUCAUAAUUUGGGAUUCGGCUUCAGGUGAUCUGCUUCGAGAACUUAAGGGCCACGGAGGAUCAGUGUUGUCUGUUGGGUUUUCGUCCUGUGGUCAGAUACUAGCGACCGCAUCUUAUGACAAGAAAGUCAGACUAUGGGAUUCUGCAAUGGCACUAUCACAGCAGCAGGAUGUGGUAGGCCAUUCAGAUUGGGUUUACUCAGUCUCCUUCUCUCCAGAUGGUCGUCAACUAGCGUCAGGCUCACGCGACGCGACUGUCAGGCUCUGGGACUCCUCGCAAGGCGUUGUUGUGCGAACUCUUCAUGGCCAUUCAAUGUCAGUCAGAGCGGUCUUGUUUUCUCCUGAUGGAAGAUAUCUAGCAUCCGGCUCCUCCGAUAAAACGAUUAGGAUCUGGGAUCCAAAUACAGGACUUGAAAAGCAAGUUCUUGGGGGUCAUGCAAGCCGUAUUCGAUCGAUUGCAGUCUCCCCCAACUCACGCUUACUGGCGUCCAUGUCUAACGACGAAAUGCUUAUACUCUGGGACCCUGUAAUGGCAGAUAUCAAGGGUGGUAGUAUAAAAUUUUCCCUUGAGCCUUUCCAAAAUAGCUCCUACCAGGGUGUUGAUUUGAGUGACAGCAACAUUCGGCUUUGGUUCAAGACUCACAGUUCUAUCUGGCCUCGCAGGAAAGACCCGAUAUGGAUAGAAAAUGAUCAAUGGGUGACGAGCGGAGGUAAUAGGAAGCUCUGGCUCUCUCCAGAAUAUCGAAGAAGCUGCUCAACGGUGCAGGGCCAUACGAUUGCCCUGGGACAUGCCUCAGGACGGGUUUUAUUCAUAAAAUUCGAGGAUUCUAGCCACUGCCUUAGAAAGUAA